UUGAGUCACGUGGUUAGCCUAGGGUGUGGUUUUGUCUUGGAGGAAUCGCUGUUGAGGCAGAUCGCAACAGGUCGUUGGCGGGAGAGUCUAUCCAGAUUAUUGUUUUUUAUUGUUUUAGACAUGGAUUUCCCCAAGCCCAGAACCGCCACCCAGACCGUACCCUCACUGAAGUUGUCCAAUGGAUACAUUCUGCCUGAGGGCAGACUGACCCCUAACGCCCUCUUUGUGGGUGGGAUCGACAUGAAGGUGGAUGAAAAUGAAAUGCGGGAUUUCUUUACAAGAUAUGGCAACGUCAAGGAAGUAAAAAUUAUCACAUACCGUGGAGGGGUCUGCAAAGGUUACGGGUUUGUGUACUUUAAUGAAGAUGUCGACAUUCAGUCAAUCAUUGAGCAACAGAUCAGUUUUAAAGGGCGGAAACUCAAGCUGGGACCUGCAAUCAUGAAGCAACGGAGUCCACGAUCCAUACCAUCCCGUCUGGUUGGACCCUCUCCUUGGAUGAAUCCUAGCCAAUAUAUCUACUGUGCGUGCUGCUCACCUGUGGGAGGAGGGGUUACACAGGUCUCACCUGUCUUCAGUGGAGGCAGCGCCUAUAAUCAGCCAUACUCCUACAGCAGCUUCGGCGGGGGGAUUGUUCCACAGAUGCUGACGAGCUACACAGAGAAUCCCUACCCCUAUCAGUACACCCCAGCUCCCUGGACCCCAGACCAAAGGACUCGACCCAUCAAUCAGACAUUUGUGGACUGUGGAGUCCAGACUGUGCUGACAGUGCUGUAGUGUAAAGCUACUGAGCCAUCUGCAAGAUGCAGGCUGCAGAAGCUUUAACAAGUCAGGAUGCAGACAAGGUGACAUCUUGGCGUUCUGGACGUCUGAAAGCACCCCGACUCCUCAGAUCGUUUUCAGAACGCCUUCGCCUCUCCUUUGCCUCAAGUUUUUCAGAGCCGUUUUAACACCAGACUGCAUGAGCUUUCCACUUAAACUGAACCACUUCGAUCCCAGUCACUUUAACCAAGAUUGGUGAGGUUGACCUGUGGUCGGCUGCUUUUAAUCCACACAGAUCACAGAGACUUUAUAGAGGAUGAGAAGAGCACAUUAGGAAACCAGCCAAAACAUGGGAUCACUUUGUUAUUUUUUUUCCUUUUAUAGUCCCAAACAGAAGUAUGGAAAGUCUUUUAAUCUCAAUUUUUUGUUUAUGUAUAUAUUUUGUUUAAGUUAUUUUUUCUAUAAUUUUAUUGGUUUUGUUUAGUCUGUUUUAAGGGCUCCCUGUACAUAGGAAGAAGUGGGCGUAUAUAUUUGUACAUUGUAACAAUCUGUUCUCUAUACUAGAUUUUUCUUCAGGUCUAAUGCUCCUCUGAUUAAGAUCUUAACUUUGCUACAACAUAAGGGCACUGUCAUCAAUUUUAGGCACUCUGGUAUUUUGCGCUCCCUUUUUAUUUCACUGGGUGUCACUGUAGUAGAUGAAAGCCAGCCUUGGACUCGCACCACAUCACUAUUAGUCCUUUUUGUUUUGGUCAUUGGUCUAAAUGUUUGUCAUGUGCUUCCAGGAGUUCACAGACGAGGACAAUCACAGCAUCAAUUUAACUUUGAAUUUACUUGUUAAUCAACUAAUGUUGGUCGGAUAAAAGGGUGGCAAAAUGAGAGUUUUUCAAAACUAAGGCGCUUUGUUUACAGCCUGUUGUUCACUGCUCAGUUUAUGCACUGUUCACUGUUUGAGGUUUUAGUGUAAUUGCAUGUCUUACACAAAGGAUUUUAGACAUUUAAAAAGUGAAUGCACUGGAUGUGGUUUUAAGUUUUGUUUUAAAUAUAGCUUAAUAUAGGUGCACAUCUGCAUGUGGAGUUUUUUUUUUUUUUUCUUUGUAUCUAGUCUUUUCUGGACAUUGACCUCAAGUUGUGCAGGCACCAGUGUUGAGACAUUUUGGUCAGAGAGCUGGAGAACUGUUGGAAGUUUUCUGUUGGGGUUUGGUUUUUUUCUAUUGGUUUUUUUGGGGCUUUGAAUUAUUUUGUUCAAUAAAAAAAGUUCCACUUGU